CAAUUGUAAACAUCCAUCAACAAUGCCAGGAGUGCGCAGGUGCAUCAUCAGGAAUUUGCCGUUUCUCCUGCUUCUUUGCUGGGAGCCUGUGAGGUGCCAGCGCACGACAGACCACAGGAAGGUCCCUCAGAGGGCAGCACAGGACUUUAGAGCAGACCUUGGAGGACCUCAGGGCUCCUGGGGGACCUGGGGGUCCUGGUCGGCCUGCUCCCUGACCUGUGGAAGUGGCGUGCAGGAGAGGAGUAGACCCUGCCUGCGGGUCUACAUGCCAAGAGUACCCCCCUUACAGCAAGGAGUUGUCAUCUCAGCCCUGAAGCCGUCAGUUUCUGUGUACCGAGACACCGAGAAAUCGUCUGAGGGCGACGGUCACGAAAUUGUGACACCACCUGGUGGGCACAGGAGGAUUAAUCCCAUCCUCCCAGGCAGGUACGGCUACGGAAAACCUCCUUUGGAGUCCGAUACGGGCCACCCGGCUUCUGGAGGUGUCCAACGCUCCAUCAGGCACAAACGCUCCACUUCUUCCCAACGUUUUGGCCUCGGGUCGCACCAUCACCUCCACAGCCGAGCCCAAACGCAGCCCAUGUGGGCGCCGCUCUACCAGCAGGGCUCAGCCAGACACGGUCCCGGACCCCAGCAGCAGAACACGGAGCGGCCGUACGACCCCCUGCCUACCUCUUCCUGUACGGGGGAGCACACCCACCACAGGCUCUGCAGCAGUAACGCCUGUGCUGCAUCCAGCAAACACAUCCGAGCAGUGCAGUGUUCCUCCUUCAACAAGCAGCCUUUUAUGGGCAGGCUCUACGACUGGGAGCCUUUUAAUGAAGUUGGCGGCGGUCAGCACUGCCAGCUCAACUGUCGGGCGGCGGGCUUCAGGUUCUACGUGCGGCUGUCUGACAAGGUGAUUGACGGGACGCCUUGCGGACUCAAUGACUCUUCUUCUGUCUGUGUGGAGGGACAAUGCAUGAGUCCGGGCUGCGAUGGAUAUCUGGGCUCCGGGAGGGUGAUGGACACCUGCGGCGUGUGCGGAGGCGACAACGCCACCUGCAGGUUGGUCUCGGGAGUCUUCCAGCACUCCCUGUCCAAGAUCGGCUACCACAAAAUCACGGAGAUCCCGUCGGGAGCCACCAAGAUCAACGUGACGGAGAUGGCCAAGAGUCGCAACUACCUAGCGCUUCAAAGCCGAUCAGGACGCUCCAUCAUCAAUGGCAACUGGGCCAUCGACCGCCCGGGGAUGUUCGAGGGCGGGGGCACCAUGUUCACUUACCGCCGACCCAACGAGAUCAGCAGCACCGCUGGCGAGUCCUUUCUGGCCGAGGGUCCCACCGAUGAGAUCCUGGAUGUCUUUGUGAUCUUCCAACAAGCCAACCCAGGUGUUCACUACGAGUACAUGGUCCCCUCUGAGGGACAUGGACGCCAACCAAACCACACGCCUGAAGGGAACGCAGUGAACGAGCAAGAAUACCACCCGGCGGGCGCAGGGCGGUAUCCCGCUACCGUCAAGCCCCACAGACGCGAGAGGGACUACGAGUGGAAGAUGGUUGGAACGAGCGAGUGCAGCGCCUCCUGUGGUAAAGGUUCCAGGUAUGCCGUCUUCCACUGCGUCCACCGACUGAACCGAGUCCAAGUUCAGGACACUUUGUGUGACAGCAACAGCAAACCAACACCGCAGGAAGAACCCUGCAACCUGGAGUCCUGUCCGGCAUUUUGGGAUAUUGGCGAGUGGUCGGAAUGCAGCAAGAUGUGCGGCCUGGGCAUGCAGCACCGCCAGGUCCUGUGUCGCCAGGUUUACGCCAACCACACCCUCAACGUGCACACCAGCCGUUGCAGCCACCUGGAGCGGCCCGAGACCGCCGGCACCUGCCAGAUGAAGAUCUGCAGCGAGUGGCAGAUCCGCUCGGAAUGGAGCGCGUGCUCUGUGCCGUGCGGGCUGGGUCAGAGGUCACGGGAGGUUCGCUGUGUCAGCAAUGUGGGCGACUUUGUUCUGGACGCAGAGUGCAACAUGAACCUGCGGCCCGUCGACUUAGAGAACUGCGACAUGGGAGCCUGCGCCAAGAGCUGGUUCUACACUAACUGGGGCGCUAAGUGUUCCACUGAGUGCGGGAUGGGCGUCCGUACGCGAGGCAUCCUCUGCCUGACCAACCACAUCAGCAGCCUGCCUUUGGAGGGUUGCGGAAGCGAGCGGCCCCCGCACACCCAGGUGUGCAACAACGGCCCCUGUGAGAACGCCAUGGAGUGGUUCACCGGGCCCUGGAGUCAGUGCUCUGCAGAGUGCGGCGCAGGCAGCCAGCAGAGGGCGGUGGUGUGUCUGACGAGCUCGCCCGACGGCUUCGCCGUGGCGCCUCAGUACGAGUGCUCGUCGCUGGAGCGGCCCCUCGGCCAGCAGAGCUGCAACGUGAGAGCGUGCGGCGCCAAGUGGUACUACACCGACUGGAGCGCCUGUUCCAAAACAUGCGAGGGAGGAUUCCGUGUGCGUGAGGUGCGUUGUCUCACCGAAGACAAGCAGUCCGGAAGCAGCUGUGACGAGCAGCUCAAACCAGCAGCGCGGGGAGACUGCAACCCGGAGCCUUGCGUACCUCAAACAGACGACCACUGCAAAGACCAGUUCUUCAACUGCAACGUGGUGGUCCAGGCCCGUCUAUGCGUCUACGACUACUACAAGGACGCCUGCUGCGCCUCAUGCUCGCGUCACCCGCACAGACAGUCCGUCGUCCACAGGGGGCGCAGCUAACGAUCACAUCCAGGGGGCCCUCGGCUCCACGUGGGGGACUUUGAACUUCUUGUUACCUGGGGACAGGAAGUAGGAACAUUGUGUGUGUGUGUGUGUGUGUGUGUGCGCGUGUGUGUGUGUGUUUGUGUGUGUGUGUGUGUGUGUGGGGAGCAAGGACGCAGCUAAAAUCAAACCCCACUCCACCUCCCCCAGGCAGCUGUUCAUAAUAUUUAAAAAACAAUUUGCUUUUUUUUUAUUUUUUAUUGUCUUAACUUUUGCUCAUGUGUGAAGGAUGUGGAAAACACAAUAUUCCACUCAAUGGAUGGACAAACAAGUGAAAAAGGUGAUGCGGUGUGUAUUAUUAUUAUUAUUAUUAAUAUUAUCAUAAUUAUUAUUAGUAGUAUCAUCCUUUUAUUUAAUUGGUCAGUUCAAUCAAUCAGCGCUCAUGUUGCAUUCGAGGAAACUGGGAAGUAUGCACUUCAAGGGGAAUGUAAAGAAAAACAACGGCCGACAAUCACAACAAGCAAGUAUUAUUUUUUGUGUCAACAGUCCAGUUUUCUUUUCUUUUCAUUACACCAUCUUAUAACAGAUAAUGCGAUGGUAAAUAUUGACAGUUUCUAUAGUUUUUUUGAAUUAGCCAUUGAAAAUGUAGUAAUGAGCAACACUACCAUCUAGUGGCGGCUAGGGGUAAUUACGGAAGGCACUAUCAUUGGAACGCCGAGGACAAAAGAGUAAGUAAGCCACGGUAAUUACUAAUUACACAAAUGCCGUCACUCACAGAAAUACUUUGACGCAAAAAUCCACUUCUUAAUCAAACAGGUAAGUGCUAAACAAGCAAAUAGAUAGUUGAACAUGUUGUAUGUUGUAGUCAACUAUUUAGUGCCACACAAGCUAAAGUUAGCAUUGCAACUCAUGUUACUGACAAAACGUGCUGUGUUAAAUUGUCAUUACCUACAUUAAUACAUCUUUACACACAACUGGGUUUUAUUUGUAAAUCUGUAUGGUUGUUGAAUGUGUGUUUUCAUUGUUUUCUACAAUUAUUUUUUUAAACUUAAUUUUCGAUGGCGUCGCCAUUUUGUGUGACGUCACUCCUGUUAGCUUGCGCCUCAAGCUCAAGCUAAUGUUGCAAUCUAUUACAAACAAGUUAUGUUAAGUGGUUAAUAAGCAGUCUUUGGUUGCGACUUAACAUGGAUAAGUGUCAUUGGAAUUGCUAUGUGAUUGUUAAAUGUGUUUUAUCUACUGGGUUUCCUGCAAUUUGUAUGUUUUGUAACCCAUUUCGGCCGACGCUGCCUUUUUGUGUGACGUCACAACCCCGAGUUGGUAUAUAAAAAAAGUGUCAUUUUUUCCUCGUCGAACUUUACGUCUUUAAGUUUCCAUUUUCUGAAAUGAAGGAUUCGUCCUGGACAGUGUUAGGCGCAACGAGUUUAGCAAAAGACCAUUUUCUAUUGCCUUACACAAAAGCAAAGUAAUGUGUUGUGGAAGAACCUUGUCACUAUGGUCACUACCAUAGACAUGUUAUAAGGGUACGUAGCAUCGACCGCUACUGCCUACUGGCGCUGACGAGACGCGGGGCCGCCAUCUUGGAGUGGUGAUCCGCUCCACUCAGUGCAAUUCAUUUGGCAGGAGCAAUGAACUGUCAGCGCAUUUAAUUCAU